AGUACAGCUGAUGUUUCACCUGUGAAGACCGUCAGAACUCGGACUAAAGGCCUUGCGAGCCGAGGUUUUACACUUUGUUCGCGUUUGUUCAUCUCUACGCCUAUCUGAGUAGGGUACAGCCGAGCACCACAAUGGCACCACUGCACCUACCAGUUUCAAUAGGCCAUCUCCGCCAGUGCCUGACUCUCUUGAACAGUGGCCAUCGGUGUUUACACAGAACUGUAGCAUCAUACACCAGGGUGUAUGCAAACUACCUGACAGUCUGUCAGCCUUCCUUGCUACAAAGUAGAAGGUUUUGUCUUCAGGCCAGAUCUUUACAGAAGGAAGAACCAGAGCUGACCAGUGUACGGUACAAUGUACAGAGGGGGAACUUUGCGAGGAUAAACAGUGAAGAUGUAGCCGUAUUUGAGAGGCUCUUACCCGGUAGGGUGAUCGCAGAUCCUGAAGAGUUGGUCGGAUACAACACGGACUGGCUCCGAAUGUGUCGCGGCAGCAGCAGGCUGCUUCUCCGCCCCAAGACGACAGAAGAGGUGUCGGAGGUCAUGAAGUACUGCUACUCGCGUAACCUGGCAGUGAUGCCGCAGGGCGGGAACACGGGUCUGGUGGGCGGCAGCGUGCCGGUGUUCGACGAAAUCAUCCUCUCCACGUCUCUCAUGAACAAAAUUGUCAGUGUGGACGAGAUAUCGGGUACGCUGGUGUGCCAGGCGGGCUGCGUACUAGAGGCGUUAAACACGCACCUGUCUGAUGUCGGAUUGAUGAUGCCGCUAGACCUGGGUGCCAAGGGAAGCUGUCAGAUCGGCGGGAACAUCUCCACCAACGCAGGCGGCCUGCGACUGAUGAGGUACGGCUCGCUCCACGGAAGCGUACUCGGGGUGGAGGCGGUUCAAGCUGACGGCACCGUCCUAGACUGCCUCUCAACUCUUCGAAAAGACAACACCGGCUACGACCUGAAACAGUUAUUCAUAGGCUCAGAGGGAACCCUCGGUAUUGUCACGGCAGUCUCAAUCCUCUGUCCCAGAAAACCACAGUCCAUCAACCUGGCCAUCCUCGGCGUCAGCGACUUUCAGAAUUGCUUGAAGGCGUUAAAGGAGGCCAGAGGAAUGUUGGGAGAAAUCCUGUCAGCAUUUGAGUUCAUGGACAGCCCUUGUAUUGACUUGGUCAGAAGUAACCUCAACUUGACCAACCCCAUCAGUGAUAAACCGUUCUACGUCCUGAUUGAGACGGCUGGAUCCAAUGGUGCCCACGACGAAGAGAAGCUGAACCUUUUCUUAGAGAAAGUUCUCGGAGAAGGCAUCGUGGAAGACGGCACGGUCGCGACGGACAGUACCAAAAUCCAGUCCAUCUGGUCGAUCCGCGAGCGGUUAGCCGAGGCGUUACUCCACGACGGUUACGUGUACAAGUACGACAUCUCUCUCCCGUUGGCCAACUUCUACGACCUCGUAAUUGACAUGAGAGAGAGAGUGGACGACCUGGCUACCAGAGUGGUCGCCUAUGGGCAUCUCGGUGAUGGAAACUUGCACUUGAACAUCACGAGCCCCACCUACGACCACGACCUUCUGGAAAAGAUCGAACCGUUCAUCUACGAGUGGACAUCGAGGUACAAGGGCAGCAUCAGUGCAGAGCAUGGCCUGGGGUUCAAGAAGAAAGACUUCAUCCAUUUCAGUAAAACGCAAAAGGCUGUGGAGCUCAUGCAGCAGAUCAAGGAUUUAAUGGAUCCAAAGGGAAUCCUAAACCCAUAUAAAAUGCUGCCUGAUAAGUAUGGGGACUAGAAUUGUACUGUAAUGCCUGUCACACAUUCAGAACCCUCCCCUCAACCACCCAAGGUUGGCAGAAGUUUGGGUUCAGUCUGACUAGAUUUAGGUCACGCCUUUCUAUAUGGAUCAUAUCAAAUUUGAGUUAAAUUUGACUCCCAACUACACCUCAACACAUCGCAAACACAAGCCAACCAUGGCACAACCUACCGUCCACACCUGAAUAUGUUUUAAACAUUUUGAAACAUUUGGCUGGUGCAGUCAAACUAUACAAUUCAAACCUCACUGAACACCAGCCAACCACAGUCCACUUUGCUUUCAACGUACCACUUU